CGGUUACUCUUUUGUUCAAGUGAGAGCAUAAAGACCGACUACACGGGUGACUGUCAAUGUCGACGCAACGCAGGCCUAGCGCUCUGGGUUCGAGCCUAAGCAGCGGGAUCGAGGAUCUGGGGAAAAGAUUCGGGGUCAGUAAUUAAUAAUUCAUGUUUGUCGACGGAGACUUUUCAAGGAUUUGCUUUCAUCCGCUCUCCAUGAAUGUGGCAGCGUGGGGCAAGGUUGGGCCAAGGACAUUUGCCAGUGAAGAGCAAGGUGAGAAAUGUUAUAUAAUCACGCAAGGAGUAAAAAGAAAAAGGUCAAACAACCUCUCCGGAACGGACAGGCGGGCUAAUUGGGAUUACCACGAAACUGGUUAUGUCACCCACCAACCUAAGGUACCUAGGUACCUACUACCUAGGUAGUUGAGUUACAAAAGCAGCGACCGGAAGAUAAAAAACCCACCCAAAUCUACAGCACGUGAGCAUGCGAGAUUCACGUGAGCGCCCUAGCAACGCACGCCAAACUUGUGCGGGUAAUGUAAACAAAGCUCCGACGCGUGCUUUCUCUGCCAUGGGAUUUUCCCACACGCUCAAUCGCUGUCGUCCGUGAGACAAGCAAGCACCCACCCCGGGAAAAAAGUUCCUUGCGCAAAAGCACGGUGCCGACAAGGCGGGCACUUUAGCUGCGACAGACAGCCCACACCACAUAUCCAUUAUUACGACCGCUAACAUCUAACUGCAUUGAUCGAUCGCAUUGAUCAUAAUCAUUUAUGAUCCACCAACAACGAUGUCAUCAACCAACGGCUUGGACACCAUGUCCUCUCCAGAUCCCCUUGGUGACCCGAUAACGAGCUCCAUGUCGCGCGUGACACGCAGCAUGGCUCGGAGUCAGACAUCAACACAGAGGUCACUACGGCAGGGCUCUAUUCUGGCUAGCUCACCCAGAAAACAGACCUUCGAGCUCGACGUGGGUAACGAGCGAUCACCACAAAGGAUACUCGUAACUGUCGAGGCUGAGGACUCAGCUAGCCGGAAAACCCAUGUUAAUCGCCGAUUAUUCCCGCCGCAAAAGCAAGCCACGCCGCGAUCUCCUGUUCGCCGAAAGGUGCGCACGACCACGACGACAGUUCCUCUGAGAGGUCUCACCGACGAUGAGGGGCCAACAGGUGCAGAGACACCGCGGAGGAGAGGAAGGCCUCGCAAAUCAGGUACACCGAUGCCAUCGAAGACUGGUACGCCGAUGCCUUCGACCAGGAAAAGGGCCGGGAGUCCGCUGGAAAGCACACCCCGGAGGACCCGCAGGUCGGUGUCCAUCACGGCAGACUCGGCAUCAGAAAUGGGCGACGAAGCGGAGGAAAACCAGGAGACACCGAGGCCCAGGCCCAGAAAGUCACCGGUAAAGAGAUCGAAAACGCCGGCCAGGAAGACGGCAGCAGCACCAAAGAUAGAUGCUCAGGAAACUGGAACUGCGAAAAGGAGAGGAAGACCCAGACGACAGGCCCUGGUCCCAGCUGAGAUGGAGGAGAUGGCCGAGCAAGAUACCUUGACAGAGAGCAUACCGAAUGUGAUCCCGACCAGAAACGACGAGACGGGAGAACAAGGCCCGAACGAUACGCUAUUGUCGACAAUCAACGUAUCCACGGACGGUUCUGUUGCUGGAGAGGAUGCGGAUGAAGAGGACAUGUGGCUCGCGAACCUGUCUGAAUCUCGCUCAGUACCAGCAUCUGAGAUGGGACAAAGCAGGAUUGACGACGCUGAUCCACCAAGUACUUUGGAUGGUGACGAGGAGGAAAGGUCGCGCUUGACCUCGGAUGCUCCCAUCUCGGUAGCCACCGAUGGUGACAACGAGAGUGACUUGAUAGACUUUGGUGCCGCCGACAAAAGUGACACCGAGUCGCUGGCAACAGAGAGCGUUGCACAAACAGAGACAGACCGCGACACCAUUGCCCAAGGGGAGGAUUUCAGCAUGAUCAUGAUGGAUUCGAUCGUGUCCUUCCGCGAAUCUCGGCAAUACCGCGAGGAAAGCCUCCCCGAAAUGGGAGAGGCUACAAGCUUUAUCGUCGACAGAGCACUUGAAUCCAUCCGCCAUGCGCAGCCUGAUGACGGGCACAUGCAGUUACAGGCUGACCAGGCAACCGGACAGCAAGAUGAGCUCACACCGAAUGCCGCAAACGGGGUUGAAGAGGUAGAAGAAGACAACUUGUUACAACUACCGACAGAAUCAACUCCUACAAUCACCAAACAACUUUCAGGAAUAAUUGACAACCGGUCCAAGACUCUAUCGAAUAGCCCUAGACGUGGCAAGACUGCCACUCCUCUCAGUAGACAGCUGGCCAUCAAGUCUCUACGACAAGACGAGUCGCUAAAUGAGACGCCUUUGGCUUCGCGAGCAGCCAGGGCUGACGCUGCUCGGGAAGAGUCGACACUAUAUGAUGACUCAUUUUCGGAAAUACCAGAUGCGGUACUGGAGGCAGCAACACCCCGCCCACCUAGAAAGCGCUUCCAGGACCAAGAAAGCGCGCAAGAUGAGGCUUACCAUGUAGAGGAGAGAUCUAGUGACGGGGCACUUGAGGAUUACGAAAAUGAUGCCGAGGAAGCUACAGGUCCAUCUCGAGACAACUCGGUGGAACUAGUAGCCGCUGCAGCUGCUCAGGGCCCCCUUUCAGAUACUGGCAGCAUGCUUUUGACUCCAGAAGAGACGCCGUCGCCAGCAAAUGAUGACGUUUGCGUCGAGGAACCUGUCGACGAGCCCGUCGCUUCUGACGUCGCAGAGGAAGAUUUGCGCUCGUCUCCCCCUCUUCUUCGACUUGCCAUGAGCACUUCAGGCGCAAGCGAUGGACGGCAUAUGAGACACAAUUCAACCGAAACACCAGUCGACCCAUCUCCGCCAGAGGUGCCAUCUGUACCUCCGGUAGCUGUGGCGGCCGCUGACAGACUUGAUUUGCCGUCUCAAACGGCCCGCCCUCCGCUUUCGCCAAUUGUUAGGGCCGGGCGAGCACUGCAAACAGUAACCUCUGAUCCACCGUCACCGAAGGGUCGGGAGAGCCUCCUUCGAAGUCCAUUCCGGUCUUCUACCACACGAGACAGCCAGGAACAGCAGUCGUCUAGCCGACAGUCCAUAACUGUCCCUGAGCAUGAUGUUUCAGAAGCACCACAAUCGCCACCGGUAGCUGCUGCCCCGGAACCUCAGUCUACGCAAAGGAGUCAAAGGUCGUGGGCCCAAACUUUCAAUCCAAUGAAGCAGAUAAAGAACAUUGUGUCGCAGGGUGCGCAGAUGUUCUCGUCACCAAAAUUCACCAUUCCCCAAGGGAUGGAUGAUCCUUUUGGCCCAGACCCGGACAUGCCAAAACCCACAGCUUCACGCCGCCAGGCCCAGGUUCCAGUGAUGCAAGAGCAAGCAAGAAUCCCGGAGCCUGAGACACACUCUGUGGCUGCCAACGACACCUUGCAGGAAGAUGGGAUGGACUGGGAGCCAUCCGAAAGCCCUACUGAAGGCGUUGCUCGCAGGGCAAGAAGCGCUUCAGCUUCCAGCGUCUUCACAAAUGGAGCGUCCGCUCAAGCGGCGCCGUUUGAUGCCGAGUCGGACGCGGAUGAUGCCAUGGCCACUGAAGCGGAGUUACAAAACCCUAAUGUUCAGUCUGAAGCUGUUGAUAUGGAUGACACUGAGGAAGAGGAAGACGAAGACGAAGAUAUCUGGGCAAUUGAGGCAGAGCGUCCAAUUGGAUCACCAAGAAAGGUCACCCAGGUCCAGGACCCGACACUGAACCGCUGGGGUACAGGCAAAUCGCCGAGCCCAUGGACCAAGGCGCAGAACGAGCCUUCCUUCCAUGAGACAGAUGAUUUCUCCCUACUAUCAGUACAUGGACGAGAUGCAUCACAGCUAUCACAAUCCAGACAAAACCCGCAGUCAUUCGAGGUCUCGGCCCACGCAGUACCUGCCAGGCGGGUCGAUCUGUCUACAUUCUUCUCAUCUCCAGCGGUUGUGCCUGGGAUGCAGUUGUAUGCAGAGGAGGACACGGCUACGGAAAAGUCCCCGGUCCGGCAACGAGAAGCAAGGGAGAAUAUCCAACUUUCAUCUGUUCGGCAAAAGGCGUUCCAGCCAAACAACGGCCAGAGCAGGAGUAACCUAUUCUCGCCCGCACCAUUUCGCCCAGCAAGCCAGACCCAAUACCAUCAAAGCCUCUUUGCUCCGUCGUCCGCGGCGUCAACUAGACAGCAACAGUACGCUCAAGUGCCACAGAAGCGUAACUUUGCUCCAUUCCUCAGCAAGCCCAGCGUCAAUGUAACCAACUCACUUUUUGGUACGGCCAAUACUUAUGCGCGAUCCCAGAGUGCAUCCAGCCAAGUCUCUGGAGCAAUCGACGAGGAGUCGCACGAAGAUCAUGAGGACACUGACGAGGCCAGCAUUAUCAGAGAUGACGAAGAGGCAGACGAGUCUAGUUUCAUUGCGCCCAUUCUCAAGCCAUUGCCCGAACGAACUGCCUCUCCGACCAAGUCAUGCUUACGCUCUCCUCUGAAGCCUAAAACACCUGGCCCGGUGGUUGAAUUUUCGACUAGCACGCUGUCGCCGCUAGAGCAGGAGGAGGCAAGGGCUCGCAGGGAGCGCGAAGCCUACGGAUACGACCACGACGAUCAAUCCGACGUGCAGCCGACGCGCACGUUUAAUGCCGGGGAAUGCGGAGACAAAGAAAACACGACGAGCACUUCGCGUCUCAAAAUGCUUGCCAACAAGGCUAUCCCAAAGCUGACACCCUCCUCAUCCUCACUUCGCCAGCCUCUCUCCGCGCCAAAGGCGACUUCUUCGUCGGCUCCCUUAUCCAGAACCGAGUGGACCAAAGCCCACUGGAUUCAAAUGGACCUGUUGCUGCAAGAAAGACGGCGGGGAUCACUCGACUUCCAGCUCCAGCACCGCGGUGUUGGGCUCGCGCAGCGUCGUAGGUCGGCAGCACUUUUGGGCAAGCUCGUAUCGGCACAGGGUGAAUCAAUGGCACUCGAGCAGUGGCACCUCGAUGUCGUCAACGCGUUCCGUUCCGACCUGUGUGGGGGUGAUGAUACCCUGUUCUGUGCUUGGGACGAACAUGUGCUUGCGAAGCGGUUAUUUGCUUUGCUUGUUGGCGAGGGACGAAGGAAGCAGAAGAAGGCCCUUGCUGGUAAUGGUACCACCAGAACGUCGGCGUUCGCUGCCCGUACAUAGUGCAAGCGCACAUGGGUAACUGCUUUUUUGUUUGUUUUUCUUCUCGGUUGGAUAUACCAUUUGGAUCACAUUGAGACGUGCAUGGAGGUUUUUGCACAGAAGCGGUCUCACAUAGAAUUGUUUGUAUAAUCGCGUACCAAGGUCUUCGUUUGGCCUUGGUCGAGUCUUUUAUAAGGGGGUUUGUUCGUAUGGCAUUACAGGAAGCGUUGCGCUUGUUGCAUUAGGGAUGCUAGCGGAUAUUUCUAGCAUCUUUCCUUUGGGGCAUUGGAGUUUGGGCGGUUAAACAUGGAAAGGGAUUUCUGCAUUUGGGGGUCACAACAAAAAUUUGACAAAUAGCCAGGAGAGAGAUUACGCAUGUGCAAAUACUUUUACUUUGAGACGACCUCUUGAGAUUGAUAAUCCUACCACUCAGACGCCCGAUCAUCUAAUAUUACAGCCAAACAUGGUGCCAUUGACCAUCA